CGACAGGCACAACAACUUUUGGGACGAAAUUUUACAAAUAAGGCUACUAUUGAACCAUUUCGUCUUCCGCCUUUUAAUAUAUGCAUUCACUGUAAUACAAAAAAGUUUACAGGAGAAUCUGAAGGGUUUUGUUGUUUGAAUGGAAGAGUCAUUUUAGCUAAUAUAGAAGUAUCUGCUACUUUGCAAAAUUUAUUUUCUAGAACAGAUGAAGUUGGAUGCGAUUUUCAUGCAAAUAUUCAGGCUUAUAAUUCACUUUUUGCUUUUACUUCGAUGAGCUUUCAUUUUGAUCAACAUCUUGCAAAUAUUCAAGGAGGCGUAUAUUACGCAAUCAGGCCUUUGCUUCCAUCAAAUAAUAAUUCACCAAAAUAUUUACAACUUUAUAUAUACGACACAGAACAUGAAAUUAAUAAUCGAUUAAGUAUAAUGCCUGAUCUUCGACACGAAACUAUCGAAUUAAUAAAAACCGUAUUUGAUGAGGUCAACCCUUUUGUCACAAAUUUUCGUCACCUCUCUAUAUUCACAGACAUUACAAAUUAUCGAAUAACAAUUAGAGCUAAUCAUGGCCUAGACCAACAAACAUAUAAUACUCCCAUAGCUUCUCAAGUUGCGGCUAUAUGGGUUGAUGGUAGUGAUCCUCUUGGUUUUCAAAAGUGA